AUGCAAGGUAGAUCAAAUACUGGUGGAGGUAGCAGACCAUUCUCUACUACAAAUCCAUUUAGAACAGCCGCUGCUGAUCCGAGCUUGAACCAAUACAAGGCCGAUCAACAAUUUCAAGACUGGGCAGCUUCUCAACUUGGUAACUCCACACAUUCAAGUUUCUCUGGAUCAUAUAAUAUUGAUGACGAUUUCAACGGUAUUGGAAGAGGUCAAACUUCACCAUCGAGAAGUGGGCACCUGUCUCCUCGAGUUUUAAAACAACCUUCAACUAACCCAUUCUUAGAUGAUUUAGAAUCAAUCCCAGAUAGUCCACCUAUUGGCAGAAACACACAACGUCAACAACAAGCUCCACCACCACCCCCACCACCAUCACAAUCUGUUUCUAAAAAUAACUUUUCCACUUCAACUGAAGAAAAAGAAAGAUUAAGACAAAGAUAUCUAACUGAAGAAAGAACAAUACCCUCUUCCAACCCCACAAUACCCCCACCACCUUCCUACGAGGAAGCAGCAGGACGUCAGAAAGCAAAAGAUAACAUUUACCCACAAGAAAAAUCCAGCUCUGACCGCUCCCACCGUUCACAUCGCUCACACAGUCAUCAUCAUCGCGACCGUGAACAUGAACGUGGCACUACAGAUCGUAAGAAAUCAACCUCACAAUCAAAGAAAGAAAAACGUAAAAGUAAAAUGCCCAAAAAUGUAGACACCAUCGAUAAAAUGGACGUCACUGCCUUAUUCGGUGGAUCAUUCCAUCAUGACGGACCAUUCGAUGCAUGUACUCCACAUAGAAACAAAAACAACAAAGCAGCUCCUGUAAUGGCUUUCCCCGUUGAUGGACCUAAUAGUACCAUUGGUGGUGCGUCUUCUAAACAAUCUGCUAUGGAUGAAGUGUUUGGAAGAGACGAUGUGGAUGAUGAUAAUGAUUUGUAUAAGUUAAAAGGUGGGAACUCCACAAAGGACGCUAUUAGAACCAAUAUUGGAGAUUUUAAACAAAUGGAUGCCAAGAAUAAAGCAACUUUGGUUCAUGGACCUAUUACGGGUGCUUUAGGCUCCACUACGUUCUUAGAUGGUGCUCCCGUAGAUGGCGGAUACUCGGAUAAUGCCGGAUUACAAAGAAAUAAAUCUAUUUCUUAUAGGAUGCGCGAUAGUAAUAAUAAUAAUAAAACAAGUAAUGGUAAUUUGCGUAGAAAUAUGACAACUAAUACUCAUAGUUCAAGCAGGUAUAACAGUGAUCUGAAUUAUAGUAAUAGUAAUAAUAAUACGAGCAGGUUCAAUGGUGGUGGUGGCGCUGCUACUAGAAAUAUGAGAACAACCGGUAAUGUACCAAGAAUAACAAGAACUCAAAGUGACAAUGCUGAUAUGGGCAGCGUGAUAGGGAACCAAGAUGAUAACGAAGACGUAUAUCUUGGUGUUCGUUUUGAUCCAAGCGCUAAAAAGAAAUCAACAGGUUCAAAACUAUUGAGUAGAGUGAAAAGUUUAAAAGUGGGUAGAAAAUAG